CCAGGAUGGUCUUGAUCUCCUGACCUCAUGAUCCACUCGCCUCGGCCUCCCAAAGUGUUGGGAUUACAGGUGUGAGCCACCGCGCCCAGCCCCAAUCAACAAAUGUUUACUGAGCAUCUACCACGGACCAGGCCCUAGUCUGGGCACUGAGGGGGAGAAAGGACAAGACUACAUUCCAGCCAUUGAGCAGCUCACAGACCAAUGGAGGAGGCCAACGUGGACAGGCUGUUACUGUGCUGCAGUAGUUGAGGACUCAGAUGGGUGUGGUAUGGCCACUCUUGCCAGGUUAUGAAGCAGAAAAAGAGGCAGGGAGAUUUCACUGAGGGCUCAAGGGGAGGUGAUAAUUUAACUACAGCUUACGUACUCUAUACAAAGAAGUGCAGAGAGCACUCUAAACAUGGGAACAACUUGUGCAAAGGAAGCAAAUACAUAAUUGCAAAGGGUUUAUAUGUCAACCGUGGUAGUGUUGGGCAAAAGGUAACAGGAUCUGGUGUGUGUUUUGGAGGGUCAUCCUGGUGGAUAAUUUCUGUAUAUGUGAGACCUUGGGGAGGAAGGCGUAGGACCAGUGGACAUGAAAUUUCAAUCAUCAGUACUUCUAUUAAUCAUGAAGUUUGUCAAAGACAAACACAAUUCCUUGCGCCUGGUGAAGAUGACUGACUAUGAUUCAGGCAGAGUGGCUUGCUCUGGACAGACUGAAUUAACCUCCUGCAUUUUUUGGAUAGAAUACCCACAAACAGUUCUGUUUUCUCAGUUCAUUUAUUUUAUUUUUAAAAAUUUGGCCGGGUGAUUUGGCUCACACCUGUAAUCCCGGUGAUUUGGGAGGCCAAGGCAGGUGGAUCACUUGAGGCUAGGAGUUCGAGACCAGCCUGGCCAAAACGGCGAAACCCCGUCUUUACUAAAAAUACAAAAAUGAAAAAAAAAAAAAAAAAGAGCCAGGUGUGGUGGCGCACCUGUAAUCCCAGCUACUUGGGAGACCAAGGCAUGAGAAUUGCUUGAACCCGGGAGGUGGAGGUUGCCAGUGAACCAGGAUAGCACCACUGUACUCUGGCCUGGGCAACAGAGCGAGACCGUCUCCAAAAAAAAAAAUUACUGAGUUAAUCACACUCCUCAGUUCAUGAAACAUUUAACUGGUCCACGCAGGGCCUUUUUCUCCUUUGUAUUUAUAUUCCCUUUUGUCCCUAUUCUCCCGUUUCUUCUUACCACAGGAAACCAUUCUGAUGUGUUUGGUGUAUAUCUUCUUUUUGUUUUUUUGUUUUUCUGAGACAGGGUCUCGCUCUGAUGCUCAGGCUGGAAUGCAGUGGCAUAAUCAUGGCUGACUACAGCCUUGACCUCCUGGGCUCAAGCAAUCCUCUGUCCCACCUCAGCCUUCUGAGUAGCUGGGACCACAGGCGUGUGCCACCAUGCCCAGCCCUCCAGGGGACCCCUCUCUCAGCCACCCUCUCUCUGGUGAUGUCACAGUGCUGCCGGAAGAUCAAAGAUACGGUGCAGAAACUGGCUUCGGACCAUAAGGACAUUCACAGCAGUGUAUCCCGAGUGGGCAAAGCCAUUGACAGGAACUUCGACUCUGAGAUCUGUGGUGUUGUGUCAGAUGCGGUGUGGGAUGCACGGGAACACCAGCAGCAGAUCCUGCAGAUGGCCAUCGUGGAACACCUGUACCAGCAGGGCAUGCUCAGCGUGGCCGAGGAGCUGUGCCAGGAAUCAACGCUGAAUGUGGACUUGGAUUUCAAGCAGCCUUUCCUAGAGUUGAAUCGAAUCCUGGAAGCCCUGCACGAACAAGACCUGGGUCCUGCGUUGGAAUGGGCCGUCUCCCACAGGCAGCGCCUGCUGGAACUCAACAGCUCCCUGGAGUUCAAGCUGCACCGAAUGCACUUCAUCCGCCUCCUGGCAGGAGGCCCCGAGAAGCAGCUGGAGGCCCUCAGCUAUGCUCGGCACUUCCAGCCCUUUGCUCGGCUGCACCAGCGGGAGAUCCAGGUGAUGAUGGGCAGCCUGGUGUACCUGCGGCUGGGCUUGGAGAAGUCACCCUACUGCCACCUGCUGGACAACAGCCACUGGGCAGAGAUCUGUGAGACCUUUACCCGGGACGCCUGUUCCCUGCUGGGGCUUUCUGUGGAGUCCCCCCUUAGCGUCAGCUUUGCCUCUGGCUGUGUGGCGCUGCCUGUGUUGAUGAACAUCAAGGCUGUGAUCGAGCAGAGGCAGUGCACUGGGGUCUGGAGUCACAAGGACGAGUUACCGAUUGAGAUUGAACUAGGCAUGAAGUGCUGGUACCACUCCGUGUUCGCUUGCCCCAUCCUCCGCCAGCAGACGUCAGAUUCCAACCCUCCCAUCAAGCUCAUCUGCGGCCACGUUAUCUCCCGAGAUGCACUCAAUAAGCUCAUUAAUGGAGGAAAGCUGAAGUGUCCCUACUGUCCCAUGGAGCAGAACCCGGCAGAUGGGAAACGCAUCAUAUUCUGAUUCCUACCUGGAAGGAAUUUUGUUGAAAGGGGUUUUCACCUGUCAGCCUUGGUCUGUCUCAGUAGGGUGGUCAGCUUCAGUGGACUAUGGUUGGUUUCAGAGCGCCUGGCUGAGGAGUUCCGCUGAGGGGAGGGCUGGAGCAGCCCUUUGGCAGAGGCUGAGGAGGGAGAUGGACCAGCCCACACCUGGCAGCUGGCUCCAUGGCAUAAGGAAAGGGAGAUGCUGGCCUCUGUGCUCCUGCUGUCUCUUCCUGUUUCUGUUUGCCUUUGACUUAGCAACUGACAGAGUGGCAAGGGACUUGGUCUUCAGCAGUAGACAUCCUUCCACCCCUGCCCUCAGCCAAGUCUCUUGCUGCCAUGCCAAUGCUAUGUCCACCCUUGCCCCUCGGCCCAAGGGUGUCCAGCGGUGGCCCACCUCUUCCUCCCACUACAGCCUCAACAGUAUGUACCAUCUCCCACUGUAAAUAGUCCCAGUUAGAACGGAAUGCCGUUGUUUUAUAACUUUGAACAAAUAUAUUUGCUGCCCUUCUCA